AUGCGCGAUCUCUUGCUUCUUUCGUCCAGCCACUAUCAAGCUAUCCCCUUGAGGUCGUCUAUCCAUCUAGCAGGUGAAGGUAGGUACCUGGUAUUCCGCAGUAACUGGCUGCUGCUGCUGGACGACCAGCGGCGCGCCUUCAAAGCCGAGGUGGCUUUCAAGACGCCCAUACGUGCGCUGCGAGCUAGGCGGGACAAAGUGGCGGUCGUGCUAUCAUCCAGCAUACAAGUUCUAACGCUGCCGUCGCUGCAGCGAGUGGCGCUCCUGCGCACACCGCAAGCCGCCCGACCGCUGUGCGCGCUCGCGAUCGAGCCCAACGCGGUGCAGGUGUUGGCUGCGCCCGCGCACAGGAAGGGCUCGCUGCAGAUACUGGACAUAUCCCGCGCAGUCAAAGGCGCUCAGUCUAGCUCGCCAGCUGUAGUGGGGUGCCACCAGACCGCUCUGGUCUGCCUGAGCGUGUCGGCCAACGGCGCCAAGCUGGCCACGGCGUCGGAACGCGGCACCAUCAUUCGGAUCUGGGACACCACCAGCAAGCUUCUGCUGCACGAGCUACGGCGAGGGUCUGACUACGCGGAUGUGUACUGGUUAGUAGCUCAGCAGUUCUAUAGUGUCGGCCAACGGCGCCAAGCUGGCCACGGCGUCGGAACGCGGCACCAUCAUUCGGAUCUGGGACACCACCAGCAAGCUUCUGCUGCACGAGCUACGGCGAGGGUCUGACUACGCGGAUGUGUACUGGUUAGUAGCUCAGCAGUUCUAUAGUGUCGGCCAACGGCGCCAAGCUGGCCACGGCGUCGGAACGCGGCACCAUCAUUCGGAUCUGGGACACCACCAGCAAGCUUCUGCUGCACGAGCUACGGCGAGGGUCUGACUACGCGGAUGUGUACUGGUUAGUCUUAGCAGUUCUUAGUGUCAGUAGACA